GAUGUGUUAUACAUACGGACACGACACGGACAUACACACACACACACACACACACACAUACACAAACAGAUACGCAGGCACAUACACACACACACACACACACAUACAUACAUACACAUAUACGCACACACAAACACAUACACAUGCAUGCAUAAACGUACACCAAAGCAUGGAUACGUAACUAAGGGCUAG